GAGACUUUCAGUAACAAGAGCAUACAGUUUGCAACAACCAUCGAGCAAAAUGAUGAAAUUCGCAUUAAUCGCCGCUUUAUUUGCAGUCCUUUUGGUCCAGUGCUUGGUGGUUGCUCAAGGAGGUGAUGAUCCAAUGAAAUCAAUGGCGAAAAUCCCCCAAGAUAUGGCCAAGGCUGGAGCGGACGCAAUUAGAUUGGGCACAGAGACCUUCUCUAACAUGGCCAAAGAGGGAUUAUCCGUUUUGCCGGGAGCUAAUAAAUGA